GUGGAAAUCCUUGAUUGGAAGACAAAGAAACAGCUAUGCUUCCUAGAUAAGGUGGAACCAAAUGCCACAAUUAGGGAGAUCAGAUUGAUGUUCCAUAAAUUAUAUCCUCGGUGGUAUCCAGCAAGGCAGUCAAUAAAACUUGAUCCAAAAGGAAAGCCCCUGAGGGAUGAGGAAAUCCUGCAGCACCUGCCUGUUGGCACAACUGCUACCUUAUACUUUAAAGAUUUAGGGCCACAGAUAGGAUGGACUACGGUAUUUUUGAUAGAAUAUACAGGUCCAUUGCUCAUCUAUUUUCUGUUUUAUUUACGCAUGCCUUUUGUCUAUGGACUGGAUGAGAGGUUUACAUCAAGCCCGCAUCCAGUAGUUAACUUGGCAUGUAUCUGCCAUUCUUUCCACUACAUCAAAAGGUUGAUUGAAACAGUAUUUGUUCAUCGGUUCUCCCAUGGGACUAUGCCACUGAGGAAUAUUGUGAAGAACUGCUUGUAUUACUGGGGAUUUGCAGCUUGGCUUGCUUAUUACAUCAAUCAUCCUCUUUACACUCCUCCUUCUUAUGGGAAAAAACAGAUAAAUUUUGCUGUGAUCAUGUUUCUGCUGUGUGAAGCUGGAAAUUUUUCCAUUCAUGUUGCACUCAGUGACCUCCGGAGAAAUGGAUCCAAAACCCGUAAGAUCCCAUAUCCAACAAAGAAUCCUUUCACAUGGCUGUUUUUCUUUGUAUCUUGCCCUAACUAUACUUAUGAGGUGGGGACCUGGAUCAGUUUCACUAUCAUGACUCAAUGUGUGCCAGUGGGGCUGUUCACCUUGCUUUGCUUCAUUCAGAUGACAAUCUGGGCAAAGGAUAAACACUGCACCUACCUACGAGAAUUCAAGGAUUAUCCAAGUCUUCGAAUGCCAAUUAUUCCCUUUUUGUUGUAAGAAAAAAGGUUUAAUUUGAAUAUUGCACAGAACUUCAAGACGAAAAAGCUCAUAAAUCUUCCAAAUAAGUGAAUUAAUUUAA